GGGCAAAGAAGAAAGACGGGCAAAGCAGAAAGGAAGCACUGAAAGAAGGGGCGACAAGCAGAGCUGACAGUGAAGUGAACGCCACCAGAUGGCACGGCUCUGAGCUUGGCCCGAGUGCACACGUGGCCGUGGUCCCCAUCCUAAGCAACAGCCAUUUCUGAGGACAAAAGCAAUGGGUUCCAGCUUGGUUGAAAAGGUGGUGGUCGUUUUGUUGCUUUUUGUUGGACUGGCAGCCAGCGUGAGGGUUACGAGCGAAGCGGACUCUGCUGCUCUGCCCUUUGUGAUACUCCAUGGUAUUGGUGAUCAGUGCUCGAAUCCAGGACUUGCCUCACUCACAAAAAGCCUGUCAAAAUCGGCCGGCAUAGAGGGCACUUGCAUAGAGAUAGGAGACGGCGUUUCCUCCUCCUGGUUGAUGCCACUAUAUCAACAGGUCAAAGAGGUUUGUACAAAGGUGAAAGCGCUGCCCCACCUGCAAGCUGGGUUCAAUCUGGUGGGCUUUUCACAGGGGAACGUCAUUGGAAGAGGUUACAUCGAGUGGUGUGAAGGUGGACCGCCGGUGCAUAACUUCGUCUCUGUUGGAGGCCCCCACGCAGGGACGGCUGCUGUUCCUCUUUGCUAUUACUACUCUAUUUGUCGACUUAUCAAUGACGUCAUCGAGAUUGGAAUCUACAGCCACUUCGUACAGACGCACAUCGCCCCGACUGGAUACGUCAAGAUCCCAACGGACGUCCGCGGUUACUUGUCCGGAUGCGAGUUCCUGCCAUAUCUCAACAACGAGCUGCCAAGCCACCGCAACUCGACGUACAAGGAGCGCUUCUCGGCCAUCAACAAGCUCGUGCUAGUCAUGUUUGAAUUAGAUUCAGUCAUCAUCCCUAGAGAGUCUGCCUGGUUCGGGUUCUAUCCAGAAGACGACAUGCGGAAGGUACUAAAACCUCAGGAGACUGACUUGUACAAAGAGGACUGGAUAGGUUUGAGGACCUUGGACGAAGCCGGCAAGGUCAGCUACGUCAGUACCCCGGGCAUUCAUAUGCACGUGACCAGGGGUCUCGUCGAUAAGUACAUACUUCCGAACAUUGUCCCGCCGGGUAGACGUACAACGUCAGUAGGAUUUCUUAAAAGGUUGGCCUCUCUCUUGGAGACACAAGCUGAUGAGAACGAGGUCGUGUACAGUCCCCCUGUAAAGGCAAGCCUGUAAGAUGUCGAGGUCUAUCGAGGUUAAGGAGAGAGUUUAGAACCUGCAUUUGAUUAAAUAUUUCCGUACAAAUUCGAGUGUAUACUUUAAUCCUGAGCUUGGAAGUCUCGAUCUUUCAUUCUUCGAAGCAAGUCACCAGGCUGCAUGAUCGUUAGGGCUGGGCAUGCAGAUGCACCUUUCAAGGGUUCAAAAGCUGAAGGCGG